ACUUAGGUGAAGUACCUUGCUGUAGAAUAUAUACUUGGUAUAUACGAUGUUAGGUUCAUAUACAAUGUUAUUCUAUACAGCAUAGUUGUGACGCUGCUUAAGCUACACCGGUCCAAAUGGAUCGACCGACAACUAGUUCAAUGUAGUUCACUACUCGCGUAUUGUCAUCGACACACAUAUCUUUACUAUGUUUUACAUACUUCAAGAGGUUAUAAUCUAAUAUUUUAUAAAUUUGGUUGAAAUGACCGAAUAGAUUAGAAAAAACAGGGUAUCGGUAGAUUUAACUCGAUUAUCUAUCAAGUGUACCCACGUCACAGGGCACGCCACAGUGGUGGCGGUAAGUCUCCUCAUUCAAGAGUGCCUCGGAAGGGGCAUGGCGACGACUGUAAAAAAAACUUUCAUUUUUGUGAAGCUAAACAAUCCCCGAGUAACACAGGCUCCAUUUUGUUAUUUCAUGUAAUCAUCUACUCAACAAAAUUACGAUUGCCUUUGGGAUUUGAACUUCGUCAAAUUACUGUCUUAUAUAUGUAUAAGACAGUAAUUAUAUACCUACUUCUCUACCUAACAAUCUUAUCAGACAAUGAUAACCACUCAUCAUAGUAAUGAUUACUGUGACUGAAAAUAAAUUAGCUCGAUUCGCGCAUAUCUGUGAGUCAGUUCGCAACUGUAGCGAUGAAGUGGUGGAAGUGUGUGGUGUUCAUGUGCGCGGCCGCGCUAGCUGACGACGAGUGGCGCGAGGUGAGGACUGCGCAAGGGCCGGUGCGCGGGCGUAAGCACCCCACUGAUGACAUGUACGCCUUCUACAACAUACCCUACGCCACCGCGCCCACGGGCGAGGAUAAGUUCAAGGCACCUCUUCCUCCACCAGUGUGGUUAGAACCAUUUGACGCAGUCGACGAGCACGUUAUAUGCCCACAGCCAAUGUUUCCUGGUGAUCUCAUGCCCACAAAUGUAGUGACCAAAGAAAAUUGUCUCAUCGCCAACGUAUUUAUGCCUAAUACAAAAGAAAAGAACCUUUCAGUUGUCGUAUAUGUACAUGGAGGAGCUUUUAUUAUGGGCUGGGGGGAAAUGUUUAAGGCAAGACAAUUCAUGAAGACAAAAGAUUUUAUUAUGGUGACGUUUAAUUACCGUCUUGGAAUCCACGGCUUCCUAUGUCUCGGCACUGAGGACGCGCCAGGUAAUGCUGGCAUGAAGGACCAGGUGGCGCUGCUGCGCUGGGUGAAGAAGAACAUCGUCAGCUUCGGCGGUAACCCUGAUGAUGUUACUAUUGACGGGUACAGUGCAGGUUCCGCAUCAGUAGAUCUGUUAAUGCUUUCAAAAUCAGCCGAAGGGUUAUUUCAGCGAGUUAUACCCGAAAGCGGUGGAAAUAUGGCCGCAUUCACUAUCCAGCGAGAUCCUGUAGAAAAUGCAAAAAAACAUGCAAUAAAAUUAAAUUUCACUAACGGAGAUGAUAUUUAUGCUUUGGGAAACUUUUACAAGACUGCUCCAAUAGAACUGUUGACAGUGGAUAAUUUUUUCGACAGAACUGAUUCUACAUUCGUAUUUUCACCAUGUGUGGAACGCGAUACAGGAGACGGAGCGUUCCUCACGGAAUCUCCUCUGAAUAUACUAAGGAGUGGCAACUAUAGGAAAUUACCUGUGUUGUAUGGAUUCGCUGAAAUGGAAGGUUUAUUACGUGUUGAUUUCUUUGAUAUUUGGAAGGAUAAGAUGAAUGAAAGAUUUUCUGAUUUCUUGCCAGCCGACUUAAAAUUUGAUUCUGACGAAGAAAGAGAAGAAGUGGCAAAUGAGAUCAAAAAGUUUUACUUUGGCGACAAGUCAGUGGGCAAUGACAAUAUUUUGAAAUACGUUGAUUACUUUUCGGAUAUCAUAUUUGCUUAUCCCAUGCUUUGGGCUGUGAAGUUGCACGCGGAGGCUGGUAACAAUCAAGUAUAUUUGUAUGAAUAUAGCUUUGUGGACGAGGAUAUUCCCUAUGUUCCACACACUGAAGUACGAGGUGCUAACCACUGCGCCCAGACAAUGGCUUUAGCUGACGGAAAAAACUUCACACAUAUGGAUGAGUCUCUUGCUACCCCAAACUAUAGGAAAAUGAAGACAAUAAUUCGGGAAAUUUGGCAUAAUUUUCUGAAAACAGGUACCCCUGUACCGGAGGGCUCUGCGCUGCCGGCCUGGCCGGCGGCGGGCGCGGACCGGGCGCCGCACAUGUCGCUGGGCGAGCGGCUGGAGCUGCGCGGCGCGCUGCUGGCGGAGCGCACGCGCUUCUGGGAUGACAUCUACCAGAGAUACUACCGGGACGCGGUGCCGCCGCCGAAACCCCCGCCCAGACCACACAACGAGUUGUAGAGCUUAAGAGUCUGAAUGUUAGAAAAGUAAAGGAAUAAUCAAC